AUGUCAAAGGAUAGAACAAUAGCUAUACCUGUUCAUCGAGAUACUAGAACAUUUGAACAAUAUAGAAAAGAUUUUUUAAAAGAUGUAGAAAAUUUUCCAAAUUAUAAUAAUAGUAUUUUACCAUAUCAUGAUAAUUGGUUUAAUGAAGUGGAUGAUUGGAUUAAAUCAUCUUGGAAAAGAUGGGAUGAUGAAAUGAAACGUAUUAGAAAUGGAAUGUUUCAAUUAAUGCCUUUGGAUAAUUUUGGUUUAAAUAAAUGGGAUUUAUUCGACAAUUCAUUUGAUCCAAAUAAUUUAAUAAGACAAAUGGAACAACGUAUUCAAAACAUUCGUCGAGAAAUGGGUAUAACUGAUGCACCAUUUACUGGGUCAUUAAAUGAUUUCUUAAAAGAUGCAUAUGAAGUUGGUAAAGAUGGAAAGAUGCAUUUCAAGGUUAGAUUUAAUGUCAAAGGUUUUUCACCAGAGGAUAUUAAUGUAAGCACCACAGAUAAUCGUGUGAUUGUCAGCGCUAAAAAAGUGACUGAAACUGAUACAUCAAAGAGUUCACGUCAAUUCUGCCGUAUGAUUGACUUACCACAAUCAAUCGAACAAACAAAAUUAGAAUGUAAUUUAACAAAUGAUGGAGUCUUAAUAUUAGAAGCUCCAGUAAAACCAAAUAAUCAUAAAUCAGUGACAUUUAAUAAUCAACGUCAAAUUGCUAUUCGACCUACGCAUACUGGAAAUGUAACACCAUCUAAAGACCUAGUUGUGAAAGGUACUAAUGGCUUAACCAUUAUUGAUGAAGGUUUCAAAGGCAAACGACUCCAUAUUGAAAUACCAAUUGACCCAAUGUAUAAAUCUGAAGACUUAUGCGUUCAUGUUGAUUCCAAUCGUGUAGUGGUAUCUGGUCGAUGUUCAAAAAGUGACAGUCGUUGGACAAAAAAUACACCAUGUGCUGAAUUUUCACAUUCUUAUGAUACCCCACAUAGAGUUGAUCCAUUGUCUGUAACUUCACAAAUGGUGGGUAAUACAUUGGUCGUUGAAGCUCCAUUACUGAAAUCCUAUUAA